ACAUUUUUCCACAGUCAAAUUGCGGUCACACUCGUUAUUGUGGGCGAAAAAUGUUGUUUAUUUGCCCCGCAAUUACGGCGUUAUCAAACAAAAGUGCAACAAUUCGCGAGUGCCGACAGGUGAAGGGCCACGAAAAGCAGCCGCAGCGAGUGCGAAACAAAGUGCGCCCUCGAUAACAGUGACCGGAGCGGAACAGGGAACAGGAGACUUCUUUUAUCGCCGGCAUUCUUUUGUAUAUUUUUGCAAUGAUUGAGAAAAGGAAAAAUGGUCGGCGGUGUAUUAUUAAGUGCUGCAGGAUUAGCUAUAGGGAUUCAUCAGGCUCCCCUCCAAUUAAGUUGUUUGCAUUUCCAUCAGAUGGUAGACUCAAGAAAUGGCUUAAAUUAUGCCAUUUGGAUGAGAAUUUUAAUAAACGAACUGCUCGAGUUUGUAAUAGACAUUUCGAAAGUAAAUAUAUUGGGCUAAAUAGACUUAAAAGGAAUGCCGUACCCACUUUAAAUUUAACUGAGCCUUGUGUAAAAAUUGAAAACAAUGAUGAUGACAUUACUUUAAAUUUAACUGACAACUUUCUUUUGCGUCCGGACAGUACUGAUCCUUGUGUAAAACUUGAAAACAAUGAUGAUGACAUUACUUUAAAUUCAACUGACAACUUCCCUUUGCGUCCGGACAGUACUGAUCCUUGUGUAAAAUUAGAAUUCAAUGAUUAUGGGGUGGCAGAACCAAUUGCCAAUUAUGAGAUCCCACUUAAAGUAAUUUAUUUUUCUAAUAGUUUAGAUGUUAGCCCUUCUAAUUUAGAAACUCCUAGUGCACAGCAGUUAGAAAAUUGUUCUAAUUGCCAGAAAAGGGAAGAAAAUGAGAUGUUUUAUAGAAACAAAAAUGACGAGAUGCUUCUUGCAAUAAAGACUUAUAAAAAAGAAAUAGAGAAAUUGAAAAGAGAAAAUAUUUUAUUGAGAAAUGCGAUGAAGCGCAAGACUAAGAGAAAAAGUCCAUAAAUAUAUUUAAUAUUAUAAAUAAUAUGCCUCAUGUUUUUGAAGAUGCAAAAACUAUAUGCAAAAUGCUACUGAAAAAAACGCAGAAAAAGUGAUAGCCAGGAUUUCAACCUGUUUGAAGAACAAUUUAAUUGAUCCCGUGCAGAUGAUCAAGAAGGGCGAGAUCCCGUGGAGUCCCGAGCUAAGGGCCGAGUACAAGAACUUCAAGAUCUUCAUUGUUCACACGCCGAAUCGCACCUACUACCUGGAUGAUCGCGAGGACUGCUAUGCCAUUCACUGAUCAGAGGCUAUUGAAAAUAUGCCAACAUCAACACCAACUCCUCCACCUCAGCAGCAUCCACAGUUUGGCAUUCGCCACCCAGCUCUCCGGAUAGCAGCAGCAGAAGCAGAACAGGGACGUCGCCGAGCAAGAAGACGGCAAAAAGUGAAAUUAAAACCUAAUUUAAUUGAAGUUUAGUUUUAAAGAAGCUCUCUAGUUAAUUCUAAUUAUAAUUCUAAUAAAUUAUCAUUAUUAUAAA